AAUCAUGGCAGAAUACCUCUGAUAAAAACUCCCUGAUGAAACUGAGAACUCUUACCUUCUUUUCAGCAAUCUUUUGUCAAAGUCCUCCAGCCAUCAUUCACGGGAGACACACAGGAAAACCUCUGGAAGUCUUUCCCUUUGGAAAAGCAGUAACUUACACAUGCGACCCCCACCCAGACUUGGGGGCGACCUUUGACCUCAUUGGGGAGAGCACCAUCCGCUGCACAAGUGACCGAGAAGGGAACGGGAUUUGGAGCAGCCCCACCCCUCGCUGUGGACUUCUGGGUCACUGUAAAGCCCCAGAUCAUUUUCAGUUUGCUAAGUUGAGAACCCAAACCAACGAAUCUGACUUUCCCAUUGGGACAUCUUUAAAGUACGAAUGCCGCCCUGAGUACUAUGGGAUGCCAUUCUCUAUCACGUGUCUAGAAAGCCUGGUCUGGUCGAGUCCCAAAGAAGUCUGUAAACGUAAAUCAUGUAAAAAUCCUCCAGAACCUGUGAAUGGCAUGGUGCAUGUGAUCACAGACCUCCAGUUUGGAUCCACAAUCAAUUAUACUUGUAAUAAAGGGUACCGACUUAUGGGUCCCUCAUCUGCUGAAUGUGUCCUUUUAGGCAACACUGUUGAUUGGGGGAAUAAGACACCAAUUUGUCAACGUAUUCCUUGUGAGACACCCCCAGCCAUCGCCAACGGGGAUUUCGUUAGCACUGGUGGAGACUAUUUUGAGUACGGGAUGGUGGUGACCUACCGCUGCAGACGUGGGAGCAGAGGGGAAGAGGUGUUUGACCUUGUGGGCGAGGCCUCCAUAUACUGCACCAGCCUGGACGGUCGAGUCGGCGUCUGGAGCGGCCCUCCCCCUCGGUGCAUCGUGCCUAACAAAUGCACGCCUCCAGACGUGCAAAAUGCAGUGAUGGUACCCGACAAGAGAAGCCUGUUCUCCUUAAAUGAAGUUGUGGAGUUUAGGUGUCAGCCCGGCUUUGUCAUGAAGGGACCCGCCAGAGUGCGGUGCCAGGCCCUGGACAGAUGGGAGCCAGAGCCGCCCCGCUGCUCCAGGGUGUGUCAGCCACCUCCAAAAAUCCUGCAUGGGAAGCAUACCCCAAGUGACAAGGACAAGUUUUCCCCUGGACAGGAAGUGUUCUACAGCUGUGAGCCGGGCUAUGACCUCACAGGGGCGGCGUCUCUGCGCUGUACACCCCAGGGAGACUGGAGCCCGGGAGCCCCCACCUGUGCAGUGAAAUCCUGUGAUGACUUCCUGGGCCAACUCCCUAAUGGCCGCGUGCUGGUUCCACUUAAUCUACAGCUUGGGGCGAAGGUGUCCUUUGUUUGUGAGGAAGGGUUCCGUUUAAAGGGCAGUUCCACUAGUCAUUGUGUCCUGGUUGGAAUGAGAAGCCUCUGGAAUAACAGUGUUCCUGUGUGUGAACAAAUCUUUUGUACAAAUCCUCCAGCUAUCCUUCAUGGGAGACACACAGGCACUCCUCUGGGGGAUAUUCCCUAUGGAGAAGAAAUAUCCUACACGUGUGACCCCCACCCAGACACAGGGGUGACCUUCGACCUCGUCGGGGCGCGCACCCUCCGCUGCACAAGUGACAGUCAGGGGAAUGGGAUUUGGAGCAGCCCCGCCCCUCACUGUGAGCUUUCUGUUCCUGCAGGUCACUGUGAAACCCCGGAGCAGUUUUCAUUUGCCCAUCCUAUAACCCCAACUGAUGAGUCCCAGUUUCCAGUUGGUACAUCUUUGAACUACGAAUGCCGCCCUGGGUAUUCUGGAAGCAUAUUCUCUAUCACCUGCCUAGAAAACUUGGUCUGGUCAAGUGUCAAAGACAUCUGUAGACGAAAAUCAUGUGGAGCUCCUCCAGAACCCUCCAAUGGAAUGGUGCACAUAAACACAGAUACCCAAUUUGGAUCAAUAGUUCAUUAUUCUUGUAACGAAGGGUAUCGACUCAUUGGUUCCCCAUCUACCGCUUGUGUCCUCUCGGGCAAUAAUGUCAUGUGGGAUAAGGAGGCACCUAUUUGUGAGAGUAUAUCCUGCGGGCCACCUCCAGGCAUAUCCAAUGGCAACUUCUACAGCAGCAGUGGGACAUUUUUCCACCACGGAGCAGUGGUAACUUACCGGUGUCACACUGGGCCCGGUGGGGAAAAACUGUUUGACCUCGUGGGAGAACAGUCCAUAUACUGCACCACCAAAAAUAAUCAAGUUGGUCUUUGGAGCAGCCCUCCUCCUCGGUGUGUUUCUGUCAAUAAAUGCACAGUUCCAGAAGUUGCAAAUGGAAUUAGGGUAUCUGGAAGCAGGAGUCUCUUUUCCCUGAAUGAGACUGUGAGAUUUAGAUGUCAGCCUGGCUUUGUCAUGCAAGGGUCGGACACCGUGCAGUGCCUGACCAACCACAGAUGGGGACCUGAGCUGCCACGCUGCGUCAGGGUGUGUCAGCCACCUCCAGAAAUCCCACAUGGUGAGCAAACUCCAAGCAACAAACGCGACUUUUUGCCCGGGGAGGAAGUCUUCUACAGCUGUGAGCCCGGCUUUGACCUCACUGGGCUGGCGUUUCUGCGCUGUACACCCCAGGGAGCCUGGAUCCCGGGAGCCCCCACCUGUGCAGUGAAAUCCUGUGAUGACUUCCUGGGCCAACUCCCUAAUGGCCGCGUGCUCGUUCCACUUAAUCUCCAGCUUGGGGCGAAGGUGUCCUUUGUUUGUGAUGAAGGGUUCCGGUUAAAAGGCAGCUCUGCUAGUCACUGUGUCCUGGUUGGAAUGGAUAGCCUUUGGAAUAGCAGCGUUCCUGUGUGUGAACAAAUCUUUUGUACAAAUCCUCCUCCUAUUCUUCACGGGAGACACACAGGCACUCCUCUGGGGGAUAUUCCCUAUGGAAAAGAAAUAUCCUACACGUGUGACCCCCACCCAGACACAGGGGUGACCUUCGACCUCGUCGGGGCACGCACCUUACGCUGCACAAGUGACAGUCAGGGGAAUGGGAUUUGGAGCAGCCCCGCCCCUUACUGUGAGCUUUCUGUUCCUGCAGCGUGCCCACAGCCGCCCAAGAUCCAGAACGGGCAUCUCACCGGACAACACGCCUCUCCGUAUCGUCCCGGGACGAUAGUCAGCUACACUUGUGACCGUGGCUACCUGUUGGUGGGAAAGGCCUUCAUUUUCUGUACGGACCGGGGAACCUGGAGCCAACUUGGUCAUUAUUGCAAAGAGGUAAAUUGCAACCUCCCACAGUUUAUGAAUGGAAUCCGGAAGGAAUUGGAAAUGAGAAAAGUCUAUCACUAUAGAGACAAUGUAACUUUGGAGUGCGAAGAUGGGUAUACUCUGAAAGGCAGUCCCUGGAGCCAGUGCCAGGCGGAUGACAGAUGGGACCCUCCUCUGGCCAUAUGCACAUCUCGCUCACGUGAUGCUCUCGUAGGUGGUAUUAUCUUUGGUAUUACCUUCUUCAUUUUAUUCAUCAUUGUUUCCUGUUGGAUAAUUCCAAAGCACAGAAAAGGCAAUAAAACAGAUGAAAAAUCUAAAGAAGUGAUUAUCCAAUUGCAUCCUUCAGAAAGGCAACUGUGAUCAUCCUCAAACUCUGCAAACAAAUCAAGAAAAUAGCAGUGUCCUUGCCUGACAAAGUAUGCUAUGAAAGCUGGAGAACACCUUGAAUUAAAUGUUGGUUGGAAAGGAGCCAAUUCAUUUCAACAGAAUAAGAUCUGAGAGUCAUAAAGUCUUUGAAGUGACUUCACAGAGACGACUUGGACUGGAAGAUGCUGAAACUCUCCCAGCACCUAGCAAAGCUCCUCCUUCUUUAGUCUGCUUUCCUGUGACCCCCUCACCUUCUGUCCUUGUGCUAAAAGCCCACAUCAUCUAGUCAGGAGAAUGACUGCAGUUAGGAUACAGAAAAUAGUUUGGAUUACUUAAAGAAAAACAGUGUCGCCUAGGAUUUCUGGUUUACAAGUUUGUUGUUUUUUCUUAUUUGAAAAUAUUCAUCAUAUGGAAUGGGCUCAUUAAGGAGAAUUGGAAAAUCCAGGAAGAUACAAAAAAAAAUAUAUGUCACAUAUAAUUAUACUACCUAGUGAUAACCACUGUUAGAAAUUUAAUUCAUUUUCUGCCAGUCUUUUUUUCAUAUAUGUUUAUAUAUAUGUAUCCUUUUUUCUUAGUUUCCUUUUAUUUUAUAUAGCAGAACCUACUUCUUUAAAACAGAUUGGAGUAAGACACAUGCUAUAUUAGUUUUCACUUUCUCUAGGGAAAAAAGGAAUUUCUGUUUACCAAAAAGGCAUUAAAUGAUUGUGGGGAGAGUGGUCAAGACGACUCUAGAGAAAAAAAAUUAAGCUUUGGAUAUUUCCUAAGCUCUAUUUCAAAAGCACUUUGUUCUAUAUUCUGCAUAAAAAAGCAUACUAAAAAUUAAAGUAAAAGAGUAAUCGUUAUUUUAAAAGUAACUAGCUUACUUUUGUGUUGAUUCAGAAUAUACGAAAUUAACUACAAAAAGCACAACUUUUAAGAAUUUAUCAAAAUAAUAGACAUGUACUGACACUUUUUAAAUAAGUGACAUUGUAGUUUUUACCUAGUCCACAUCUUUAUAGAUCAAAAUUUUGUUACGAUAUAUCAUUAUAUACUAAUGAUCUCUAGAAAAUAUCAGAAUAUUUCUGGAUAUUUAAUAAUAACUUUGUAUAUGGCUACUGCUAAUUUUUAUGUAAUUCUAUGUUUUAAUAGUUGCUUUAAAGGUAGAUUCUGUAACAUUUAUUUUGACAGCAAUGUAAGGAAUGAGCUAGAUAUCAACUUGCAUUUUAAUUUAAAAAUCAUGCAAACUAGGAAAAGAAAAAACCCAGCAUAAACAAAGGUUAACUGACAAACUGCAAGAAAAAAACGCAAUUUAUAUCACAAAGGGUAAUUGCCUUCUUACUUAGACAGUUCUUAAAAAUUCAAAGGCCUGGGCCAGGUGUGGUGGCAAGCCUGUAAUCCCAGCACUUUGGGAGACUAAGGCAAGAGGAUCGCUUGAGGCCAGGAGUUCAAGACCAGCCUCAACAACCCAGCAAGAACCCAUGUCUACAAAUUUUUUUUUUACAACAUUAGCCAGGCGUUGUGGUGUGCACCUGUAUUCCUAGCUAUUGAGGAGACUG